AUGACAAAAUCAUUAGAAUUUCGUCAAAUUCUUGCUGCAAGUUAUCAUUGUAAGAGAUGUAAAGAGGAUUUUAAAUGUACAAAAAAAAUAUCAGAGAAGCAACGAAAAGGACUUAUGGACGCGGAUAAAAUACUACCAUCUCAAUGUAAUAAUUGUGGAAAAACACAUAUUCGUUGCGGAGACAGUAAAUGUGAAAAUUGCUGUAAAAAGUUUAAUAAAUGUAACAAUCCGAAAAAAUGUGAUCACUGCAUAGAGCUUGGAGUUGAAUGUGAAUAUACAUUUCCACGAACGCAAGAAGAAUUCGAGAAAUAUUCUUCAAGUUUAGAUUAUAUAACACAUCAGUUUGAAUCAUUAGAAGGAAUAGUAUAUAAUCAAGCACAUUUAAUUUUUAAUAAAAAAAUGACUAUGAGAUUAGUUAAAAAACUAUUUGAGGAUGAUGAAAUAUAUUUCCCUUCUAAAGAAGUCGUAAGAGAUGAUUCCUCUUCCAAUCGAGAGUAUGCAAAAAAAAAACAUAAUCGAUGUAAAUUACAUCAUAAUCCAUACGAUAAAAAAACAUGCAAAUGUAGUUUAUCCGAUCCAAAUGAUUAUAGUGGAUGUGAACAUUGUACUAAUGAAUGUUACCUAAAUAAAACUUUAGCCCGCUGGGAGGAUACUCCAGAUAUUGUUGGACCUUUUGAAUUCGGUAAAUGGAGGAAUCUCAAAGGUUCAAAUGAAAGUCAUGAAUGCGAAGAAAUUAAUGAAAUGAGAUUGUUAGAUAUGAAACGUAUUGAAAGGAUAGUUACGGAAAAUAUUUCUUUUAAACAAAUAUUAGAAAAUCCCAAAGAACAUUUACCACGAUUCUUUAUUAAAAAUUUUCGAGAUUUGGAUUAUUAUGAAAAAAAACAAUUAGAAUAUAAGGAUAAAAUUAUUCCAGAAAAAAAAUUUUAUCCGAAAAAUUUUUUCUUUUAUGGUGAUUCUGGACCCGGAAAAUCUUCUUUAAUGGAAAAAUUGGCUAAUGCAUUAUCUAAGGGUCGUCCAAUUUGCACUAAAGCUAGAGACUCUGAAUAUAUUGAUGAGUAUGAUAACCAAGUGUGUAUUAUGAGAGACGAAUUGACUCAUGACACAUUUAAUUUUGAUGAUUUAAUGAGUUGUUGUGAAAAAGGUCAAGUAAAGAUUAAACGAAGGAAAAAAAAACCCAUUAACAUAGUUUCAAAGUUUAACUUGUUUACGGCUCAGGAUUCUUUUAUCAAAAUAUUUGGUUUUGAAGAAAAGAGAAGUCUCAAAAGUAAAGGUAAAAGCAAAAUUGACGAUGAAAGCAAAAUUGACGAUAAAAGCAAAAUUGACGAUAAAAGCAAAGAAAAACGCAAUGCUAUUUUUAGAAGAUUCACAAAAACUCAUGCAUAUACACAUGGUUACAUAAUUAAACUUGAAAGACGGUAUGUAGAUGGCUGUGUAAAAUUUACUAUUGAAUCUGAUGACGUUAAUCAACCAGGUGAUUUAGAUAAUUUUAUUAAUGGAAAUUUUAAUAUCAAAUUUGCCGAAGAUAUUACACUAGAAGAAGCAAAAAAAUAUAUUUAUGAUGAUGAAAUUGAUGAUCUAUCUGAAGAUGAGGGAGAUGUUUAUUUAAAAAUCGAAGUCGAUAUGUCACAUAUAUUAGGAGGGAUUAUAUGUGACAUUGAUUACAAUGAUAAUAGUUUCUGGGUAUACAAUAAAUAUUGGGCUGACGAUUUGCCUGAUAAUUUAAUUUAUCCAAAAAAUUUAAAGAAGAUUGAUAAAAAUUUACGUGAAAAAUUACAUAAAACAAUGACAAGAAAAUUUCCUCAAAAAAAUGUUACUGAAACUAGCAUUUCGAACAAAAGCCUAGAUGAAAAUAUUAUUGCACCUGAAGAAAAUAGUUUUAACAAAAAUGUUCUCGAAAAAGGGUGUUUUAUGGAAGAAAAUAACUUUAAUGCCAUUAACGAAGAACAAAAUCAAAUUCAAACCAAUCAAGAGGAGAUAAAUUUGAACAAAAAACGUUCUCUCAAAGAAUAUAAGGUGUUGGAAGUAAAUAAGGAGUCGGACUUAGAUAGACAUGUUGAUAAAAAAAACAAGAAAUAG